UUUAAGCACUCUGCAUUUCUGCAGUGGAAAAUCCCAGGAGCUUUUUCUUGGUCAGAUUAAGCUGAAUUCGCUAUCUGGGUUGGUUUUGCUUUGAGUUGCUCACAGUGUCACAGUGUGUGAGGUUCUUGUAAAAGGGCCUACAUAACUUUAUAUUGUUCUGCCCCCAUCUCUACCACUAUUGAUCAGCGAACUAAAAAGAUGGAUCGGAGUAGAUUUAAUAUGAGGAUGCGUUGUUCUGGUUCAACACCAUCAGAAGAGUCAGCUUUGGAUCUUGAGAGAACCUGUUGCAGUCAUUCUAAUUUUCCUUCCUUAAGUCCACCAACCCUUCAACCCUAUGCAUCAGCUGGACAGCAUUGUGAGACUAGUGCUGCAUACUUCUCGUGGCCUACUUCAAGUCGAUUGAAUGAUGCAGCUGAAGAGAGGGCAAACUAUUUCACUAAUCUGCAGAAAGGUGUCCUCCCUGAAACUCUUGGUCAUUUGCCGAAAGGACAGCAAGCGACUACAUUGCUUGAACUGAUGACUAUAAGGGCAUUUCAUAGCAAGAUUUUGCGGUGUUACAGUCUUGGAACAGCAAUUGGCUUUCGCAUUCGACGGGGUGUGUUAACUGACAUACCAGCUAUCCUUGUCUUUGUUUCAAGAAAAGUUCACAAGCAAUGGCUUAGCCCAAUACAAUGUCUACCCACUGCUCUAGAGGGCCCUGGAGGAGUAUGGUGUGAUGUGGAUGUGGUAGAAUUCUCGUAUUUUGGUGCACCUGAGCCUGCUCCAAAAGAACAAUUGUACACCGAAAUUGUAGAUGACUUACGUGGAGGUGAUCCAUGCAUUGGCUCAGGUUCCCAGGUGGCAAGCCAGGAAACAUACGGGACUUUGGGUGCUAUAGUUAAAAGCCAAACAGGGAACAUACAAGUUGGUUUUCUCACAAAUCGCCAUGUUGCAGUUGACUUAGAUUACCCAAAUCAGAAAAUGUUUCAUCCCCUGCCUCCGUCACUUGGACCCGGUGUGUACCUUGGUGCUGUGGAGAGAGCUACCUCAUUUAUCACAGAUGAGCUAUGGUAUGGCAUUUUUGCUGGAAUUAACCCAGAGACAUUUGUAAGAGCAGAUGGCGCAUUCAUCCCUUUUUCUGAUGAUUUUGACAUGUGUACUGUAACUACAUCUGUGAAAGGUGUAGGAGAAAUUGGUGAUGUUAAGAUAAUAGACUUGCAGUCUCCAAUCAGUACUCUUAUUGGGAAGCAUGUGAUGAAGGUUGGGAGAAGUUCUGGCUUGACAGCGGGAACUGUAUUGGCUUAUGCCCUUGAGUACAAUGAUGAGAAAGGCAUAUGCUUCUUGACUGAUUUUCUUGUUGUUGGGGAGAACCAGCAGACGUUUGACCUUGAAGGAGACAGUGGAAGCCUCAUAACACUAAAAGGUGAGAAUGGUGAGAAGCCACGACCAAUUGGUAUCAUAUGGGGUGGGACUGCAAACCGAGGCCGUCUUAAAUUAAAAAUUGGUCAACCUCCUGAGAAUUGGACUAGUGGAGUUGAUCUUGGGCGUCUUCUCAAUCUCCUUGAACUUGACCUCAUCACCACUGAUGAAGGGCUAAAAGUGGCCGUACAAGAACAAAGGAGCGUGUCAGCAACUGCAAUUGGAUCCACUGUCGGUGACUCAUCACCUCCUGAUGGGUUGCUUCCAAAGGAAGGGCCUGAGGAGAAGUUUGAGUCACUAGGUCUCCAAAUCCAGCGUAUCCCUUUAGAAGUUGAACCAGGAAGCCUACCUAUGAGUCCAUCAUUAGUGGAAACAGAGUUCCAUCUAGAAGAUGGGAUCAAGGCAGUUCCUAGUGUUGAACACCAAUUCAUACCAAGCUUCAUAAGAGGUUCUCCACUACAUAAAAUGAAUAAGAUGGGUAGAACAAUUUCUGAGAAUCUCUCCUCAUUGAGGAAUGGCUGCGAUGAAGAUAUUUGCUUUUCACUGCAGUUGGGGGACAAUGAGGCCAAAAGAAGACGUUCAGAUACUUCAACCAGUACUGUAGAACCAAAAUGAACAUGUUUUUUGUUUUUGGAUAAAAAAAAUUAACAUGCUUGAGAUUUGAGA